CUUUGGACAUGGGGAGUAAAAUGUCCUUCAGCAGAGGAAGCAGUGACCGAAAUACCGUCUCUGACCUAACGUCUGUGACAGCUCGUCCUUGCAGUUCCAUUCAUGCUCCUUCAGACUGCAAGCAGAUACCUGAGGAUAAGAGAUGCAGUGAUGAAGACCUGGACUCCAGUUGGAGAGAGGAAAUGAAGGCGACAGAGCAGAGUCAGACUGCCCCCGAGUCCCACUCAUCGUGGACUCUGGAGUCUGAAGGCCACGUUCACUCUGAAACAGGCAGCGGAGCUAAUAGUCAGCAGGGUGAGCACAUGCCCUCACAGGUAGGGAUGGAAGCAAUGGCUGCCGCGAUCGUGUGCAGCUCAACAACAGACACUCACAAACCGACUGUGGAGGUCUGCAAAAAACGCAGGCGCACUCGUAAAAUUAAAACGCGGUUGACGGCGGCGGACAAAAACAAUCCACAUACUGCUGGGGUUGAUGCAGUUCAGCACGAGGAGAUCAGCACGACAAUACCAUUGCCAGCAUGUUUGGAAAACCACACCAGUGGUGAUGUGCCUCACACUGUAGACAAUCCUUCAAUCAAUAAUUCUGCUCCUCGUACUGUCUGUGAUGGUAAAGUAGAAGGCGGUGUGCCUGGGUUGAGAAAGAGAAGAGGACGGCCAAAAAGAGCCCAAAUCACACGUUUUGAAAACAUCUUUACUGAGGAAGCUGACGACAAUACCCCUGCCGGUCCUGCAAGGAGGCUGAGGAGUAGAGGAGAGGGGGAGCCUUGCACGCAAGAUGACCUUACUGGAUCUGAUGCAUCAAAAUUACAAGCCGUUAAAAGAAGAAGGAGUAAACUAGCUGAUCAGCAGGUUCCAGCUAAACUGUCCAGACUGGAGGGUUCCCAGGAGGUCUCUGCAGGGCUGGGCAACAACACUUUGCCUGUGUGGCUGUGUGGGGGGAGAGCGGAGACAAAUAAGCAGGUGGAACUUAACACUGACAAACAACAGACUGAAGCAGACACACAGGAACAUCAAUGCUCCCCGCAGUCAAGAACAGGAGAGCAACAGACAGAGCAAAAAGCAGUAGCGGUACUGCAAAGGAGACUGCGUUCCCAGGCAGCAGCUGAGCCUGAAGUUAUUCCCUCAAAGGAUUUACACAUUCUGAAUAAUAAAGAGGGAAUCACUGACAGCGACAAGUCCUACUCACAGAGUACAGAGCUGUCCAGCCCUGAUGUUGAAUUGUCUACAGAGCAAUCAUCAGAACUUGUCGGCAGCCGCCCUGCUGUUAAAACUGAGAACAUAGAGGCGGAGCUGGAUCAUUUAAAUCUUGUGUCGGAGUCAAACAGCCCUAAAUCUUCCCAACACAGUGCCACCACCACAUUUAAAUCCAAGGGUCCGAACAGUCAGCAAAACAUGUUAAGGCGCAAGAGAGGCGGCAAGAGGAGGAGGAGAGUAGGUAACGUGUUGAUAAAGAGCGAGCAAGUCGUUGAGGGCCAUGAAGGCAGCACCGACAUCCAACUGACAGAAGACUGUGCAGACGUGGAUAAGGAGGCCAAGUUAGAGGAUGACGCAAAAGUCCUCUACAUUAAAAGAGGAGGCAAAACUCUGAUGAAGUGCGGCUACUGUGGUCGUGUAUUUAAAUUUCUGUCCCAGUUCGUCAUCCAUCAACGGAUUCACACGGGAGAGAGACCGUUCAAGUGUUCCGAGUGUGGCAAAGGUUUCACCAAAAAUUCCAACUUAAAUCUGCAUCUCAAGACCCACAGAAAGAGCAACAUUUAUCAAAAAUGCCCAUUUUGCAAGAUCAAAUUCUCCUGCUCAGAGUACACGUCUCAUAUGGAGAUGCACGCACAAGAGCUGGCCCAGGAGUCCGAGAAUGGAAAAUCCGAAAUACAGAGCAGAGGGGUUGACCAUGAAAAUGGUGAGGCACCUCAGACACCAGUUUCCCCGGGGAAGAAACAAAGGAAAGUGUGUCAGUACUGUGGUAAAACGUUCCCCUUCCAGUCCGCGCUUGUAAGACAUGUGCGUGUCCACACGGGGGAGAAGCCUUAUAAGUGUGACAUAUGUGCCAAAGCUUUCGGUCAGGCUUAUUUCCUCCGCGUUCACGAGCUCACGCACUGGUCUGUGAAGCGUUACAACUGCACACUUUGUGAAAAAUCCUUCACUCAUUACAGCAAUGCAAAAAAUCACACGUGUCGACCCACGGGAGGAAACGACGACUCAGAAACCGACAGACGUGCAAGGUCUUCACUAACGUACACGUGCCACAUCUGCAAGAAUAUUUUUGACCAUCUGCAGGAGUUCAACAGUCACAUGAAAGCCCACACUGGGGCCAAGCUUUACCGCUGCUUGUUUUGUGACAAGCUGUUUGGUGUCAUGUCUGAAUUUAACACCCAUCGCAACCAGUGCAGAGGGAGAAACGCCUCCAGCUCUGGUGUAAAGGAGGAAGACAGAAUGUCCCUGAUACAGUACACAGUGCCUGCUCUAAGGUGUUCGUCAGCACACUACUCGGCUUCUCCCAUCACGGCUGCAAACUGCAAAACACGGACAGAACGACCACAGACGAUCCACAAGGAACGCGUCGCCGACCGAAAGAAACCGUUCCAGUCAGUCGUUUCGGCCCACCAGCUCUCGCACCUCGUGUCCAAGUUAAACAAACUGGACAACAGAUCCGAUCCCAGGAAGUAUCUGUGUCCGAGCUGCGGGCGACAGUUCAGACACAUGGGCAGACUCCGAGCCCACAUGCUCACGCACGCCCCGGGUCAGAGUUACACCUGUACCUGCUGCGGCAAGACGCUACAAAACUGGAGAAAACUGUGGCGUCACCAGCGAAUCCACAGACAGAGACACGGCCGCUUCACUUGUCCACAGUGCGGGCAAGGCUUUCGGUUUGCAGAGCCUUACAAGAAACACAUGAGCGAGCACCAAGAUUUCCAGUGGGUUCAGUUCAGGCCUAAGAAAGUGUUUCUGCCUUAUCAAUGUGAGCAAUGCAGGUGCAGCUUUAAGACCCUGGACUUGCUGUUCAGUCACCAGCUUUGCCAUUCAGCAUCGCAAGACACGCACAAGGACGCUGCUUUUGAUGUAUACGAUUUAUCAGAGGAACACAGUACACAAGCAAACAAGGAAACGUUUGCCCCUCCUACUAACGACUAUAUUGCAACGGUACUUGAACUAUGUACAGAUCCACUUUCUCCAGAAUCACAUCUAGUGCCCGUGAUUUCUCUUGUCGACAAUCCGGGUGUAGACUCUGGUGAAGCGUCCCCGUGUCCCAGCACCACGCACUCAAUCCAAGACAGAGAAACCAGCCAUGACAGAGAAGAUGGAAAUCCACUUGGAAACCCCAUUAGACCGUUUAGAACUGUGAAAAGAUGCACGGCCCAAAAUGCCAGCAAAUCAAAUGAUGGGUCUUCAGAUGGUAUUCAGUGCGCUGUGUGUGGUAAAGCCUAUCCUGCCAUUUCAGACCUUUAUCAGCACUAUUUACAGCAUGCUAGAGGCCAGGUGUAAGAUCAUGCAUACACAAAUACAAGUCCUCUUUCUAUUUGUUCAUACAGUGGGAAAAAAAAUAUGGCACUUAAAUACCUGGAAACUAUUUUAAACUCAUCAUAUGACAAGUUUCCAAUUUUGAAGUUGUGCACUGAGGGCCAGAUCUACUAAAAGUUUAGUGAAAAACUAAAAACGUGUGCAAACUUGUUUUUACCCACAAAAGAAACUGCAAUCUGAUCUGCCAACGAUGCGCACUAAGGAUUGUGUUCAGAAUAACACAAACUCACAAAAUAUUAUGAUAAUUUAGCACACGCACUGUGAUUAACAAAGCCUGAAAAUAAUAGCGGUGAUUGUGACGGCGUCGACAUUUAGGGCCUGAUCUACUCAGCUCCCAAAUAAGCAGUGCUAAAUUGCGUGUGAUCAUAAAAGACUGCACAUUCGGUUGGUGGGCGUAUUGCCAGUGAUCUACUAAACAUAAUUGUGUAAAUGAUGACAGGUGCAAACAUGUAAGAGGCAGUAUCAUUUAGUUUAGGGUUUUUCUCGAGUUACUGAUUUCCGCCCUGGAUCAUUAUGGGAGCAGAGUGAACGCAAGUGCAAAGCGAACUUGAAGGCCAUGGAAUGGGAGGUGUUAGUGGAUGAGACAAACAAACGUGUUGCUGAGCUACAGCAAGGAAAUGUUAAUGUAACUCAAAGAAAUGUGAUUAAAGAAAAUGAUGUGGGUAAAACAUAAAGAAUAAGCAUGAAAUUACGAGGAGAUAACAGGAAAUAAGAAGAGCAAAAGAAAAAAAAGCACAUCAUAAAACUUUGGCAAAUAAAACUAUAUAACUUCUUCCAUGCUGUCUCUUCCUCACCACAAUUACUGCAGCCAUCUGUGGUCAUCGCUGUGCCAAUUAGCACCUACCUUUCAAACGUAUUCAAUAUAGACUCAGUCACAAUAGGCCAAAUUAUUUCUUGCCUUUGUUAAUCACAAUGCGUGUGCUAAAUUAAAAUAUUUGAAUCUACUCCUCCCAAUGCUAAUCGGCACAGCGUCAAUCUUUAUUUGGGAUCUUAGUGGAUCAGGCCCUGAAUGUACCAUAAAAGAAUGAGACUACAUUUUCAACUUGACACUGAAGCCACUACGCUUACUUUGGUUUUUCAUUUCUUUGAAAGAAGCAUCCCUUCAUUCAUGUGAUUGGCUAAAUAACAAUACAUUUCAACAAGAAUUAUAACAUUUGUGAAUGUCCGAACAUAAAACCUCAGUAAAGAAAAUAGUUGAAGCACUUUGAAUUAGUGUAUUAUCUUGUUGCUCUGAAUCAUUGUACCAACUUUUUUAUUUUCACUCCCAUGUCAGUUUGCAAACAACCACUGACCAGAUUUCAAACUGAAUCUAUUUAUAAACUCCUUGAGUUUCUUUAAUUAAAAGUUGUAACUGUAAAAUCAUGUUUUUCUCAUCGAGUCACUCAAUAUUAUGAGCAAUCAUUUGAAUGGUCCAUAUCAUUUCAACUUCAUUUAAUCAAUUUCCUGACAAAUGUUACUUCUGAAGAUUUAAUAUCAAUAUUUUGAUCUGUAAGUCAAACAGUAGCUAAAAGGUUUCAGAGAUCACGUUUAACCAAUUCCAAAUGAGUUUUCCUGUUGAGGGACAUGUGGCUGCUUUUGUGUUAACAUUGUUAAUGUCAGUGUCGCACUAAUCGUGCGCAUGUUUGUCAAAGGGUUUGUGCUGAUUUGUGAUGUGUUGGCUGAAAUCAAAUGAUGCUAAAUUUCUAUGCGACACCUUCCACACUUUCGGCACCAAGUUCUGUCAAACAGCCAUAGUUCUUCACUUCUGCUUUUUCAUGCUUAUUUCCCACUUGGACACCCUGAUCAGUUGUAAAGAGUUUAAUCGACAGUUUGUCUUAAAAACAAUAAAGGUCAGUUUUGUAUUAA